AUGGGUGGUGGAUGGGAUAGUCGACGACCUGCUCCGUCCGGUCCUCCGUUCCCUCCGAAUCCGCAGGCUGGCUUUCGAGGCAUGCCACCCGCUCCCCCACCGGGAUUCCCGCCGUUCGAUCCGAAUGACCCCUUGGCCGCCAUGUUAGCGCUACAAAGUAUGGGCUUCCCGGGAAUGCCAAUGCCGCCAUUGGCGCAAAAUCAAGCUGGUGCUCCGCCUGCCAAAGUUGCGCAGCGGUGUAACAAUUACGACACCCAGGGAUUCUGCGUGUUGGGAAGUACAUGUCCUUAUCAGCAUGGCUCAGAGCAUGUUGUAGCACCUUCCAAGGAUGAUGAAUACGACCCGAGCAAAUCAAACAUAGUGACAGACCGCCCGUCAUCCACCAACGGCACGAACGGACACGGGGCUUCUGGCACAUCGCGUGGGGGAGACAGAGGAAGAGGCCGUGGCCGAGGACGGGGAGAUAGAGGAGGGUUCGGCCAGAAACGUGGCCGUGCCGAAUUCUCACAAAACGGGCCCAAUGAAGACCAGUCUAUCACAACAAUUGUGGUAGAGCAGAUACCCGAGGACAAGUUUGACGAGCAAAAGAUACGAGAGUUCUUUUCUGAAUUUGGUAAUAUCGUCGAGAUUACCCUAAAACCAUAUAGGCACCUAGCACUCGUCAAAUACGAUGAUUACGCAUCAGCAAAACGUGCUUGGGGUAGUCCCAAGGUCAUCUUUGACAACCGCUUCGUCAAGGUGUACUGGUAUAAGCCCGGACGGGAUGACGCAAACGGCGAUGUCAAGGCGGAAGGGAAGCCAUUCAACCAAGAAGAAUUCGAAAAGCAGCAAGCCGAGGCGCAGAGAGCAUACGAAGAGAAAAUAAAGAAGCGAAAAGAGACUGAGGAGGCGAUGCAAGCGCUUGAGAAGCAAAAAGAAGAAUUGUUAAAACGUCAACAAGAAGAGAAGACCAAACUCAUGGAACGACUUGGCAUGAAAGAUACCGCCGGUCCGAAGCCCGAUCAGAUGGAGGUUCAAAAGGAUGACGAAAACGGCACCAUCCCGCAAAUGGCAAGGAUAGUGAACAAACCCCGACAGCUGCGUGAGCAGCUCGCGGCAUUGGAGGCUGAGGCCCAGAGUCUCGGUCUUGACCCUAACGCUCCAACCGAAUCGGCUCGAGGGCGCGGUAGAGGCUGGGGAGGUUUUCGUGGCCGUGGCGGGCUCCCUCCUCGAGGCCGGGGCUACGACCCAUCCUUUACACGAGGUGGUUUUCGGGGUCGAGGGGGGUUCCGUGGACGUGGUGGAGUCUUGCGACUGGACAAUCGUCCCAAGAGAGUUGCCGUGUCCGGGGUGGAAUUCAACACUGACCGCGACGAGGCCUUGAGGCAGUAUCUCCUGACUAUCGGAGAAUACGAGAGUAUCGAACCGAAUCCAGAGCGAUCAGACUCGCAGGUCGUUGCGUUCAAAGAUCGAUACCUGGCGGAACAGCUCAUGUUUGGAUCUUCUGAUAUCCCCGGCGUGGGUAAAGUCGAAAUGACAUGGGUGGCCAAUGCCCCAACAACGUCCUCGGCUCCAACAACUGCGCCUAAAAAGCCUGAUGGAGAUACGGUGAUGGGUGGUGAUGACUCUGAGCUCCUGGCCAUGAAGAAAGACACCGGUCAUGACGUGGACUAUGAUGUUGCGGAAGAAGACGAUUCAUGGGGAAUAGCCUAG